AGACUAACGUCCCCUACAGGUGGGAGGCGUUAGCACCACGCUGCGGUGCCCUUGCUGUGGGUACUCCACAACGUCCAGGCGACACAUGGAACUUCACGUGGCUACUCACACUGGGGAGAAGCCCUUCGCCUGUCCACACUGCCCCUUCAGAGCUGUCCAUAGCGCCAACCUCAAGACCCACAUUCGGACCCACACGGGAGAAAAACCCUUUGCCUGCCCUUACUGCCCGUACUCAGCCGCGCAGAAGGAAAAGUUGAAGGCGCACAUCCGCACUCACACCGGGGAGAAACCCUUUGCCUGUGAAUACUGUCCUUACCGUUCAACACGGAAGGACCACCUCAAGUCCCACGUGAGGCUAAGGCAUUCCCAAAGGAUCAACCCCCCGGCCCUCGGAGACGAAGUUUACCAGCGAGCGAGUGCGGACGGCCGGCGAGAGAUCGUGGUAGAUGGAGGCACCGGAGAAAUGCGUAGCUACGAAUGCUCCUUCUGCAACUACCGUUCGUUCAAGCGGUUCAACUACGAACGCCACAUGCGGACUCACACGGGGGAGAGACCAUACAGCUGCCCUCACUGCCCUUAUAGAGCAACGCGCAAGAUCAGCGUCGAUCAGCAUAUGAUUCGACACCACUGAGGGACCAUGUUUUCGAAUAUCCCCCCUACCUCUCCCCUAACGCCUCUUGACAAGGAUGGUCCUGUCAGUUUCCUCCCCCCCCCCUCCCCCUCCUGAAAUUAGGCCAGAUACUUGCCCUGUUUUUUUUCUUGUUUUUUUUUUCUGGAGGUUUUGUCUCAGGUGUCUCGUCCUUCCUUCCCUUGAUUUUUUUUUUUUAUGUAAUUCUUGUAAUAAAAAUAAUUGUUAAAGUAAAUCAGAAUGAACGCAUGAUUGAAUACAGUGUAUUUUCUGCGCAGUGAUGUCUUGGAAUAUCUGUAAAUUUAAAUACGGAUUGCAUUCCGUCGAAUUGAGUGGGAAGUUCUAAUAUUAAUUCAGUUUCACAAUUCUACGGUAUACUUUUGCCACAUUUCACUAUAUCAUUGUUUGAAAUGGUUAACAGGGAAAAUAUAAAACAUAAACUUUCAUAUUGGAAGAUAAAUAGAUGAAAAAUAAUAAUAUCAUAAUAAACAAGACUAUAAUGAUUCUAACUGGCAACAGAAAAUGUUUGUAGAUUAUUAUGAACCAGCAACUCACUAAUACCACUUAGCUCAAGUAUUACACUUUAUCAUGAUGAUUUUUCCCAUCAUUAUCAUAGAGAUAACCAUUCACUUUAAAUAGUAAUGUCGUGACUCAGUAUCUGAAUUCGUAUUUUAAUUUUGCAGAAUCUCAAUUACUUUAUGAUAUUGUUAUAUAUCAAAUGUAUUAGAAUAGUUGUAGUAAUAUGAAUACUCAAAAUGACAAUUGCUAAGUACAAAGUGUGCAGAUACGGUGCGAUUGUUCUAACAAAUUCUGCCUUGAAUUAUAUUUAUACACUGUAUAUGCUCCUCAACGACAUUAUUAUUGUUAUUUACAUUAUUUGUAUUUGUAUUCUUCUCUGUAGGAAAAUGAAAACUAAGAUCAAG